UGGAUAAUAGAGAGUUCUGCCUCGACUUCCGUUUUUAUCCAGCUUUACACGGAACAGUGCGUUCCAUGUAAUGCACACAUAAAAAUAAACUUUUCAAAGCAUUUAGCUCUUCAAUUUACCGCCGCCUACACAGAAACAUCAGCAAAGGCGCCCCGGACGAAGUCCGCAGGACACGAAACAGAAGCAUCCGGUUUUCAAAAUAACCGAAAGCGAAAGCCUUGCCCGUCACCAAGCGCUGCCCUCCGCAGAGGCUUUGGAGUUGGAGUUCGGUUUUAAGGCGCCCGCUUCCGGGAGCAGGCACUGUGUGUGGCUCACCCUGGUGACCACUGCACUAAAUAGGAAUGGAAGGAGUGGACAUUCUCGUUUUGUUCCAGAGUUUUGAGACAACACAUCCAGUUCUUCUCCAUUUGAUACAAUGUUAGCUGUAGAGAAUCAUGGAUGAUGAUAAAGGCAACACAAAGCAAGCGUGGAGAGAGUGCUCACAAGAGAAAGACACUAUGACAUGUGAACAACACAAGGGAUUAAUUCAUGAAAUUAUGGGGGAAAACAAAGAGCUAGAGGAGAUGAUCAGAAAACUUGAAGCUGAAUUACACGAGGAUGCCAGAGAGUUCCAAAUUAAAGAGAACAUACCAGAAAAAAAGCUUAAAUUCACUUCAGUGGAGAGUCCCAAGGAUGGCGGCCAGUUCUCAAAUAGCUCCUGUUCAUUUCAAGUGAGCUCACAAAUUACUUAUGAGCUACAGAAAGGACAAGCACUCAUCACCUUUGACAAGGAAGAAGUUGCACAGAAUGUGAUAAUGAUGGGGAAGCAUGUCGUGCAGAUGGAAGGUACCGCUGUGGAGGUCACCGCCCAUCCAGUCCCACUCGAUACAGGGGUCAGAUUCCAGAUUCGUGUAGACAUUUCUAAAAUGAAGAUCAGUGUUACGGGAAUUCCCAGUGAACUGUCUGAGGAGCAGACGAGGGACAAACUGGAGCUGAGCUUCUGUAAGUCCAGGAACGGAGGUGGAGAAGUGGAAAGUGUGCACUAUGACAAGAGGUCCGGAAGUGCUGUCAUCACGUUUGUGGAAGCUGGAGUUGCUGACAAGAUUUUGAAAAAGAAAGACUAUCCUCUUUACAUGAAUCAAAAGUGCUAUAGGGUUCCUGUUUCUUCGUAUACAGAGAGACGCUUGGAAAAGUACCAGCUGUUUUCAGCUGUAUCCAAGAAGACAGUGCUCCUGACUGGUUUAGAAGGCGUUCAGCUAGACGAAGAGAUGGUGGAGGAUUUACUUGGCAUUCACUUCCAACGGAAGAAUAAUGGAGGUGGAGAAGUAGAUGCAGUCAAAUGUUCUCUAGAUCAUUCCUGCAUAGCAUAUUUUCAGUAACAUGCCGGAGAAACCAUGUGAAAAUGAUAGCUUUGAGCCCAGAAUCUCUGUAAACAUUUACAAAAUACUAUAAUCCUUAAAAAACAAAACCUUUAA